UCGCUCGGGACACUUCCUCCUGGGCCGCAGCCGCAGAGUUAAAACUUUGGAAGGGGAAAAAGAGCCACCGGCGCCGAGCGCCGGGUGACCCUCCCUUCCACCCCCCACACACCGCCGCCGGUAACGCCCCCUUCUCCGCGGCCCCCGACCGAACUUUUCUCCAACUUCUGAGACCCGGUCCCGCCAUCCUCGAGUGCCCUCAACCUGCUAGAUUUCUUUUCUCGUAUCCCUGGGAUUCCCGCGCUCCCACCACCAUCUUACCGGCUCCCUCGGAUCCAGUGACCCGGGUUCCCCGGGCUCCUUCAGCCGCAUCCCGGGUGGGCGCCGGGCGGCCGGGACUCCCCCCGCCAUGGCCGCCUCCCCCUCCCAUCUCGCCGGGCUCCCAGGCUCUCCCGGGCCGGGGUCUCCUCCGCCCCCCGGCGGCUUGGAGUUGCAGUCGCCGCCACCGCAACUGGCCCAGGUCCCAGUCCCGAGCUCCGGGGUCUCCUUCCACAUCCAGAUCGGGCUGACCCGCGAGUUUGUGCUGCUGCCCACCGCCUCUGAGCUGGCCCAUGUGAAGCAGCUGGCUUGCUCCAUCGUGGACCAGAAGUUCCCCGAGUGUGGCUUCUACGGUCUUUACGACAAGAUCCUUCUCUUCAAACAUGACCCCACGUCGGCCAACCUCUUGCAGCUGGUGCGCUCGGUGGGAGACAUCCAGGAGGGCGACCUGGUGGAGGUGGUGCUGUCGGCUUCGGCCACAUUUGAGGACUUCCAGAUCCGCCCGCACGCCCUCACGGUGCACUCCUACCGAGCGCCGGCCUUCUGUGAUCACUGCGGGGAGAUGCUCUUCGGCUUAGUGCGCCAAGGCCUCAAGUGUGAUGGCUGCGGACUGAACUACCACAAGCGCUGUGCCUUCAGCAUCCCCAACAACUGCAGUGGUGCCCGCAAGAGGCGCCUGUCGUCCACGUCUCUGGCCAGUGGCCAUUCUGUGCGCCUCAGCACCUCAGAGUCCCUGCCCUGCAUGGCUGAUGAGCUGAGCCGUAGUACCACCGAGCUCCUGCCUCGCCGCCCCCCGUCAUCCUCCUCAUCUUCGGCCUCCUCCUACACGGGCCGCCCGAUCGAGCUGGACAAGAUGCUACUCUCCAAGGUGAAGGUCCCGCACACGUUCCUCAUCCACAGCUACACGCGGCCCACCGUCUGCCAGGCUUGCAAGAAACUCCUCAAGGGUCUCUUUCGCCAGGGCCUGCAGUGCAAAGACUGCAAGUUUAACUGUCACAAGCGCUGUGCCACCCGCGUCCCUAACAACUGCUUAGGGGAAGCACUCAUCAAUGGAGAUGUGCCGAUGGAGGAGGCCACCGAUUUCAGCGAGGCUGACAAGAGCUCCCUCAUGGAUGAGUCGGACGACUCUGGGGUCAUCCCAGGCUCCCACUCGGAAAACGCCCUCCACGCCAGUGAGGAGGAGGAAGGCGAGGGAGGCAAGGCCGAGAGCUCCUUGGGGUACAUCCCGCUGAUGAGGGUGGUGCAGUCGGUGCGACACACGACGCGGAAAUCUAGCACCACCCUGCGCGAGGGCUGGGUGGUUCAUUACAGCAACAAGGACACGCUGAGGAAGCGGCACUAUUGGCGCCUGGACUGCAAGUGCAUCACGCUCUUCCAGAACAACACGACCAACAGAUACUACAAGGAAAUUCCACUGUCAGAAAUCCUCACCGUGGAGCCCGCCCAGAACUUCAGCCUUGUGCCACCAGGCACCAACCCCCACUGCUUUGAGAUCGUCACUGCCAAUGUCACCUACUUUGUGGGCGAGACGCCCGGUGGGGCCCCAGGGGGGCCUAGUGGGCAGGGGGCCGAGGCUGCCCGGGGCUGGGAAACGGCCAUCCGCCAGGCUCUGAUGCCAGUCAUACUCCAGGAUGCACCCAGCGCCCCAGGCCACACACCCCACAGACAAGCUUCUCUGAGCAUCUCCGUGUCUAAUAGCCAGAUCCAAGAGAACGUGGACAUCGCCACUGUCUAUCAGAUCUUCCCGGAUGAGGUGCUGGGCUCUGGGCAGUUUGGAGUGGUCUAUGGAGGAAAGCACCGGAAGACAGGCCGGGACGUGGCAGUAAAGGUCAUUGACAAACUGCGUUUCCCCACCAAGCAGGAGAGCCAGCUUCGGAACGAAGUGGCCAUUCUGCAGAGUCUGCGGCACCCCGGGAUCGUGAACCUGGACUGCAUGUUUGAGACACCUGAGAAGGUGUUUGUGGUGAUGGAGAAGCUGCACGGGGACAUGCUGGAGAUGAUCCUCUCCAGUGAGAAGGGCCGGCUCCCCGAGCGCCUCACCAAGUUCCUCAUUACCCAGAUCCUGGUGGCUCUGAGACACCUUCACUUCAAGAACAUCGUCCACUGUGACUUGAAACCGGAAAACGUGUUGUUGGCAUCAGCCGACCCCUUUCCUCAGGUGAAGCUGUGUGACUUCGGCUUCGCGCGCAUCAUUGGCGAGAAGUCGUUCCGGCGCUCGGUGGUGGGCACCCCUGCCUACCUGGCGCCCGAGGUGCUGCUCAACCAGGGCUACAACCGCUCGCUGGACAUGUGGUCGGUGGGCGUGAUCAUGUACGUCAGCCUCAGUGGCACGUUCCCCUUCAACGAGGACGAGGACAUCAAAGACCAGAUCCAGAACGCCGCCUUCAUGUACCCAGCCUGCCCCUGGAGCCGCAUCUCCUCCGGAGCCAUCGACCUCAUCAACAACCUGCUGCAGGUGAAGAUGCGCAAGCGCUACAGCGUGGACAAGUCUCUCAGCCACCCCUGGUUACAGGAGUACCAGACGUGGCUGGACCUCCGAGAGCUGGAGGGGAAGAUGGGCGAGCGGUACAUCACGCACGAGAGUGACGACGCGCGCUGGGAGCAGUUCGUGGCAGAGCACCCUCUGCCCGGGCCCGGGCUGCCCCCGGAUGGGGACUUCGGUGGGGCCCUCCCGCCGCAGGACCGCGAGAUGCAGGGGCUGGCCGAGCGCAUCAGCAUCCUCUGAGGUGUCGUGCUCGCACUGUGGCUGCCCCAUGAUGCUGUCCCUCCGGUGCCCGGAGAGCGCCCCUCCGCACCAUCUCAGCGAGGAACUGUUCUAAACAGAAGCGGCUUCCUGCCCAAAAUGGAUGGGACACACCCCAGGAGAGGAGCAGGGCGGGGGCCCGUGGCGGGUCAGGGAUAGUUAUUUCCAACCUGAACUCCCCAGCAAUUAAAACGAACUCAUCUCUGGCCCCAUGGCCUCGGUCUCUGGCCACAC